GAUUAUUUCCCAGUAGCGCAAGGGCGAUCUCAGUUGCAGGAGAGUAAAUCAAUAAAUUUCAAUAAAUCAAUAUUUUACCGUGCACCCUGCGCUGAAUAUAUCCGCUGCCGCCAUUUCGAUGAUGACGACGUAUUUUUUGUGAGAGAUAUUCGAGUAGCGGAGCGAGUCGGUGUUCGCCGCGCGGGGUUGCGGGCUGCGGCCGUCAGUCGUCGGGUGAGCGGGGUGCGACGUAAACGCGGACUCGGACUAUGGCGGAAGGGCUGAUCCUCAUUCCCAUAAAAGGGUCGAGUUGAUUGUGGUGCAGAUACGUGUGAACUCCCUGCGCCCGUCACAACGAAAGCACUAACACUAUGAAACAAAUUAAAGAUGGCUACUAAGUAAACAUUAUUCAUUGUUAAAGAUUUGUUGUAUUGUUCACGAAAUAAGAGAGAAUACUUAUGUAUACAUCAUUGAAAUAUUGUUGAUAGCUUCUAAGGCAGGACUGGUAUUUAUCAUAUCUUUGAAGAAAGAUAAAGUGUAAAAAUGGCUACGCAAAGAUUUUGUUUGAGGUGGAACAACCACCAGACCAAUAUGUUGUCAGUGUUUGAUCAGCUACUACACGCAGAAACGUUCACUGACGUAACUCUGGCCGUAGAAGGUCAAUUGCUUAAAGCACACAAAAUGGUUUUAUCGGCUUGUAGUCCAUACUUUCAAGCUCUCUUUGUUAAUCACCAAGAGAAACAUCCCAUUGUUAUUCUAAAGGAUGUUCCCUACUCUGAUAUGAAAAGCUUACUGGAUUUUAUGUACAGAGGAGAAGUCAGCGUUGACCAAGAACGUUUGACAGCAUUCCUUAAAGUUGCCGAGAGUUUAAGAAUAAAAGGACUAACGGAAGUGAACGAGGAAAAAUGCGAUAUACCUGCAUUAACGAACUCGUUAAUCCAACAACAACAGACUAACACAACUGCACAUACUCCGCCGCCUCAAUUACACAGAAUACACCCAUAUGUGCAUCAAAAGAGGCCAGCAUCUGGUAUUCCUAGCGGAGGAGCACCCCCGAAUUUACUGAUGCCUUUAUUGGGCAAUGCUUUAAUGCAACCGAAGCGAAAACGAGGUCGACCCAGAAAGUUGAGCGGCAGCUCAAGUGACGCCCUAAACACAGCCGCCAGUCCACCUGGUGAAUUUAUUCCGGAAUCUGCAUCACAUGCGUCUUCAAAUAGAGCGGGUGAUCAAUUACUACGUGGUUCGCCAGAAAUGUUAGAGGUCAAAAUGUCAAUGGAUGGUUUCAACGCGGAAGAUGGGGCGACAUCGGGCGGCGAAGAUGGUGGAGAGGCGUUGAUGAUCGACGAAGGUGAUGACGCUCAGUCGAACGAGGCUCCUACAUCUGGCAAAGAUUCAGAAUCAGCAGAUGUAGAAAAACAACCAAAAGAGGAAACUCAUCAUAGUUUUCCAUCGAAUGGUCCGGUUUUGUCUAUUGAAAAUGGAUCUAUCAAACAGGAGCCUACUUCUGAAACUACUGACGAAUAUAAUGAGCCGAUCGAAUACAAAUACAACCCAGACAGGAGCCGUGAAAAUUCUAACUCUCGGGAUGGUCCGGUAAAGGAUGCAGAUGACAAAACAAGACUAGGUCGUAAUUUAAAGCCAAAGAAUAGUAAAAAAUUACUACCCCAAAUGUCUAAAUUUAGAGCUCGAAGCCUAUUCAAUCAACUCUCCGGUUUGUCUAAUUUGAAUCCCGCUCUUAACAGCUUUGAUAAAUUCCCCCCUGAGACUGUUCUCAUGCCCGCACUUGCCACUCAAUUGUUCGCGGCUGAAUUAGAACAAAACAAUUUGAAUAUGGCCAACAACGAAGUUUCCGAUUUAGCGCAGACUAAUUGGGAGCAUCGCAUAUUCCCGUCGCCUAUUAGAAAAAAUAACAUAGGUAAUGUCGGCAAUUACCACGAGGAAACUAACGAAUCUGUACGGGACUACUGUAUCAAGGAGGGUGAAAAUGUAUUCCGAUGCAAAAUAUGCGCACGAGUUUAUACUCACAUUAGCAAUUUCUGUCGACAUUAUGUCACCUCACACAAAAAAGAUGUCAAAGUUUUUCCAUGUCCCAUUUGCUUUAAAGAAUUUACUCGAAAGGAUAAUAUGAUAGCCCAUCUAAAAAUCAUUCAUAAAAAUCAGCCAAAUGCCAACGAGCAGACGGCGAAGCAAGAGUCUUAAUUAUACAAAACGAGACGUUACUUACUAAAUAAAAUUAUUAUUUUAAAAGAUCUGAUUUAAUUUUUAAUUCAAUCAUAAGUAAAACUAGACUAUGGAUUCAUAAAUAGCGUUUAAAGUGUAGAUUGCAAUUGAAUAGGCGUUCGAGUUCUAAGUUUCACGAUAUAACAAUAAGUUUGUUGGUAUUUUAAACGACAAAGGUCGUUUGUUGUUAUAUUAAUCUAUUUAUUUAUGUUGUUCCAUUUGUUUCUCAGAGUGCUGAACUUCAAAGAGAUUUAAGAAAAAUUCUAUAAUUUACUUGUUAUUUUGCACUCACUUGUUACUUAAUUUUAUUACUUACAAAAAUUUCAGGGUACAAAGUAACUACUCACGGUGAUCGUUGAUUCAAACGUAGUCUAUUCGAUUACACGCAAUUCUCAUUGAACUGAAUUAGUUAGUGUAGUUUAGAAGUUAUUUUUACGAGUAUACCAAUGGCGGAGCCUUUUUUAAACUUAAAAUUAGUAUAAAUUAUAUUUAUUAAGAUUCUGACUAUUUAAUAUUUCCUGAAGAGAGGCUAUGCUCUAAAAAAGGUUAACUAAGGCCAUUUUCAGUAGUGGUGUGAAAUGCAUUUUCAUUUAACUUGCCUUAUUAGUGAUCUUAGUUUUAUAAUUUACGAUAAAACUUCUCCGAAGUAAAACUCAACACGGGCUAUGAUUUUAAUUUGUAGAUUUUGUUAAGGUUAAUUUAAAAUAGUUUAUCGAUGUUGAAAUGUUUGGUUGUAAACGUUAUUCUAUUCAUAAUAGACCAUAAUACACGAUGGCCGAAGAAGAUAGAAUAGCUUACGAUAAUCUCAUUGAGACAAACGUAGUGUAGGUUCAGUUCCAUAAAAUGUACGCGGCUUCAUCAGUAGUAAAAGAGUUCACUACUAUUUUCCAUUUUUCUUCUUUUGUUAUCGAGAUGCAUGUAUAUUUAUACACUUUACAUACAUAUAUCUAUAGGUCAAUUAUGUACCUUCUGUAAACAAGUAUCUGUCAAAGACAAUAUUUUAAUAUAAUCGUAGGGGGAAACAUAUAUUAUCGAUAUAAAGAGGAACGUUAUAUGUAACAAUCAAAUUCAAACAAAUCUCCUACCAAUUUCAUGUUAUAGCAGAUUUAUUAAUAACUUGUAUGAAAGUUAAAAUAUUAUCGUUUAGUUUUGUAAAUAAUACUUAAACGACGAAAAGUUUGUUGUAAAAAGUGAUUUUAGCAAGGUGCUUUGAGAAAAGUUUAAAAAUAUUGGAACCAUGAGAUGAUUUGUAAACUCUAUUUUAGUAGAAAUCAAAAUGCCUUAAAUAUAUAUUAGGGAAUCGUACUUAUUAAAUUAUUUAGUUAAAUUUAGAGGCAAAGUAGUCUUCCAUAUAAUGAUAGCGACACAUUCUCGGUUCAGUUGUUGAAUAAAAAAAUUGAAUAAACAAACAUUCGGAUAUAUUGUCAAAAACAUUAGUCUCUUAGCCAAGUUUACACUUAUACAUGUUUCAGGGCGAUUGUUUGAGAGAAAACAAAAGAGUGCGGACGACCGAGAGUCGUAAUGUCGACUACCGAUGACGACAAGUGUAGACAAAGCAUGAAACUUUACUUUACGUUGUCGACCCAAAAAAAACCGUUUCCAAUUUAAUAAGUAGUAGGUCCAGGGAACGCUUGCCUAUUAGUGUGCCUUUACUUGUAUAUUAAUAAGUUAAAUCGACUACUAGGUGACUAAGAAAUUUCAAAGAAUAUUAUGUAUAAUUAUUUAUUUUCAUUAUUCAAAGUUUACAAUCUACUUUAAGAAGCUUCCUUAGGAUUAUAGAAACCUCUAGGCCCAAGUAGUUAAAUACGAUGUUUAUAGUUAAAUUUAGGGAUAUCAUCUCAUGUUUCCCACUUUAUAUGAAAAUCGGAACAACUCGUAAAUAUAAAAAAAUCAUAAUAUUAAAAAAAAUCGAGGCGAUUACUUCGCCUAGUUAAAAAUGUUAAGACUGUUGAAUUCAUAUAAACGAAUUUAUUGUACCUUUCAUAAUCUUUAUAUGAAAAAUUUAUCUUUGAACAUGGAUAGGUACUUAAAGGGAAAUUUAGAUAUAUUAAAAGGUGAGGCUAUUAUUGGAUGUUUCGAAAUACUUAAAGAUAGUCAAUUUAGCCAGUGCCUAAACUUAAAACGUGUAAAAUCGAACUCCUUUAAAAAAAUCCUUAAUUAAAACCAGGUAACAUUCUCCUUUCAGAGUUCCUUCAUUUAAUUCUAUACAAAUAAAGUAUAAAUUCUAUUGUAUUUGUUAUAAACAAUUAUGAAAUGUAUAUUUAUGUUAACGAGAAAUAUCUUAUUUAGAAUAUCUUAUUUCUAUAUCGAUGGAACAUUAUUUAAUUAAAGCUAUAUCAUCAAUUGGUGCUAAAUUAAACUUAAGGCGACGUCACAUGUGAUGUGACAUUAAAAAAUGUCCCCUAAAGUGUAUGUUGUUUGUUAAUAUUGUUGUUUUAAAAAACAUCUUGUGUUGCCCUUAUUAUUUUAUCUUAAAAAAAAAACAAGUUGUUUUCAUUGGGGCUUCAGAAAAGGUGCAGCUAUCGACAUUUUAUAUGUAUACAUGAGAAUUUUACGAGCAGAUGCUAUAUAUAUGAUAUAUAUUUAACAUUACAGAUAUAUAAUAUAUUGACAUAUUUUUAACAUUAUUAUAUCACAGAUUUAAAAUAGAUUUAUUCAUCAGCCGUUUCAUUGUUAAAGAAUAUAUAUGCUUAUAAUAUUACAAAAUAUAUUAAAUUCUUAAAGAUUUGUAGGGAAAUUAUCAAAUUAAAUUUGCAGAGUAUAAAUUAUAAAAUUAAUUAUGGCAUUAAAAUAAUUACAAUGACUAUUUAUUUUCUAUUGUAAUGUUAAUAUUGACUAUUGUAACUUAGAGAGGUGUUUCGAGAAUAAUUUCAAGUCAAACUAGCUGAAUUUUUACAUAUUAUAUGAACAUUUUAGUAAUAUAAAACUAGGUUAAUUUCUAAAUCAGUUGAGGGAAAAUAGUUGUACAAUAAACAAGAGCUCCAUUUUGUCAAUUGAGUCAAAUCGAUUAACGGCCUUAUAAAAGCUGUUUAACGGAUGUUUAGUUAGACACUGAUUUGUCUCUUUCUGUCAUCAGUGAUGACGGAAAGGCGUGACAUUCGAAAGAAAAAGUCGUCACUAUGUUUAACUAAUCACCCUCCUAAACAAUAGAAGGUAUAUCCGUAAAUGUUUUGUUUUUUUGUAAUUGAAAUAUAUUAUUAAUCAUUUAUUUUGUACAAAAGCGAUUGACAAAAUGAGCCAAUCUAUAGACAUAUUCACAUAAUCGCCUAAAGAGUAUUUUUGAAAGAUAAGGUUUUCGUUACAGAAAAUGCAAUGCAGUUUUUUGUUAAACAAAUGUUGUUGAAUAACAAACCAAAUAGAACAGUAUGAAGUUCUUAUUAUUGCAUAAUGUUUUCAAAUCGUAGAUUACUCUCGGUCUUAGGUUAAGAAUAGAAGGCAGCAGUUUACAUUUCAAUCAAGAAGUGAGAGUUAAAAAAAUAGACCGUUCUACACCUCUCGUAAGUAUUUUUAAAUAAAACUAUACAAAUAAAUAUUUUAUCUUAACAUGACACAGUAAAUUUGACGCAAAAUAUUAUUAAAUUAUAUUAUAUAGUUCUUAGCCAAAUGUUGACUCCAUAUUUUUUGUUAUUUGCACAUAGACAAUAGCAAAUGCAAAGUGUAAUAUUUAGACAGAUUUAGAUUCGAAAGUUACACGAUAUAGAAUUAUUUGUUAUUGAAAGAAAUACGAUCGUAUACAAUAAGGUGUUAAUUACUAUUUUUAGAAUCUUUAAAGAAAAUAAUAAAAGUUAAAGCUAAACAGAAUGUUUUCUAUUAAUGUUAUUGUUUGCUUUUGUUCCAUUCGUUAUUUUUCUUUUAUACCUUUUUAUUUUUUGUGACUUUUUGUAAAGGCAUAUUAUUAACAGAUCGAUUUGAAUAAAUUGUUAUGAUUAUUAAAAUUAAUUUUAUAAUCGUAUAGAGUUGAUUUAAAUAAUGUAAAGUUAAUAAUACGCUUUCCUUAUGCCUUAUUAUGUUUCUGUUAUAUUUGUUACAAGUACUUAGUUUCUCUUAUAAAUUUGUAUCUUAUAUUGUGGACGCACAUGGGAUAAUUAUCUUUGAAAAUUUCGUUAAUCUAGACGACAAUAAAUUGAUGAUGCUACGACUUUACCUUAAAGCGUACCUUUUAUGGUGAUAUCAGCAACGAUGCUUAUUACUUUAUUAAAUAAAAUUAUUCAAACUUUAUUGAAGAAUAAACUAUGUUUAAUAGUAGCAAAGUAACAACACGGGUUAUUAGUAAAGAUUAGCUUAAGUUAUUUAUAAUAUUAUAGGCAUAAAUUGUGUUGUUUACAAUGGAGUGAAUUUUCUAUUCUGUAGAAAACUAGUAGUCACGAAGAGAGGACUGAUCAGGUAGGUAUGUUGUCAUAUGAUACUACUCUCACGUAGUCGGUGUGGUUAGAGCUAGUUUCGUUAACAUGCUUUCUAUGUUGCUCAAAUUGACGCUAUGCGAUAACAAAGUAUUUUUGGUUCAGUACAAAUUGUUGCUUUUGUAUUUUUAUUUUAAACAAUAGAUUUAGAUGUCUUGUAAAAUGUAAUCCACUACGAGGCUAUGUUAUUUGGUUAUGUUAAAUCGAUCAUGGCAGCUAUUAUUCAUAAUUACUUAAAAAUAAUCCUUGCCAGAAUUUCACUCGUCUAUCUCAACUGAAUAACCCACCUUAUGUGAUCUUAUGAGCUAAGGAAAACUAAGGCGUUAUUUCAUAUAAAUAAUGCACCCACACUUGCCGAAAUAGUUCCAAAUGCAAACACUUGAGUCCUAUUUUUAACAUAGUGAAAACUAUCUUUUUUGUUACAUUAUUUUUUUAAUUUAUUACGUAGACUUAAUGAUUAUUUUAUAUAGUUUUAGAAGUUUGACUUUACUGGAAUCCAUUGUUUUAUCUAAAUGUUUUUUUUUUUUUUUUUUAAUUUUCUAUAACCACUGCCUAGUGUUACUCAAACGAAAAAUUAUUUUGCACAGCAUAAAAUUUUUAUUUUAUAUCUAAAAUAUUCAUAGGAAUAUCUAUAAUAUCUACUUUUAUUUUAUGUUUUAAAUUUUUAUUUUUGUUUCUAGUUUGAUAUAUAUUUUAUUUAAGGUUUCAUAUUUGGACGAGUUUGUCAUUGUAAUGUAUCUGUACAGUAAAACGAGCUUUAUCAGUAAAAAAACAUUGGUGCUACUUAUUUCUUCAGCAAUAUUACCUAAGUUAAUUUAUUAUGACGAACUUGUCUUCUGUAGUUCCAUUUAUCAUGUGGUUUUCGUUUUUAUCAUGGUGUAAUUAUUUUCGUCAUACAAUUUGAACAAAUAAAUAUUAAUAUAUUUUC